AUGAAAAUUAAGAAGAAGAAUGAAUCGUAGAGAGUUACUGAGUUGGGGGAACACAUUUUGAAAACUUAAAAUACUAUGUUGGCUGCUAAAAUCGAUCAAUUAAAGAAGGAAAUAUAAAAUAUGAAAUCUGUAUACAACAACCCAAUAUAUCUAGUUUCUAGUUGCCAGAAUAAACAGAGAGAGAGCUGAUUUAAUCGGAAGAAUUAACACAUUACAAAAAACUGAGUAAUUAACUUUCACGGAGAAUACGGAUCAUUAUGGCUUACAAUGAGGAGGCCAUCCAAAAAAAAGUAGCCUAAGAGGAUAUCCAAGAUGAGAAAUUUGAAUGUCUUUGUGGUGCUAAUUAGAUUGAUUCUAUUAAAUAUUCCCUUGUAAAUGGUCAUCCAUAAAUAUUGUAAUAAUAAUAAUAAGAGAUCCAACAGCCAGAAGAAAAUAAUCAAUAAUCUCAAUCGAAUCAAAAGUAAAAAACACCUAAAUAAUUAGAGAUUAUAUAAAGAAAUUGAUUUAGGAAUUUUCAGAAGAGAAGGGCCAAUUACUCCAUUAGAUCGAAGAAUUGAAGUUGUAGUAGAAGUUGCCUGAGGAACAAUUCUUUUAAACUCAAUUAUUUGCAGAAUUGGUAUAAUAGAAUAACUAUUUGACCACAACUCUGUUCAACAUUGAGGAAUAAUUGAUAUAGGUAAUUUCCAUUGUAAAUCUAGGUCCAAUUGGCCAAUAAAGAAUUAUUAGAGAAAAAUCAACAACAGAUCUAAUAGUGUCAAUUGGAAUGUGAAUAGAAAAUAAGGGAUUUGUUUUCUCAGCAAGAUAUGAUAAAAAUAGAAGUCAAAUAGAAUGACGAUUAGACUCAGAAUACUUUGAUUGAAGAAUUGAAAUCCUAAGUAGAACAUUCAUCCAAAAUGAUUGAGGAUCUAAAGAUUGAAUUGUAACAAUGUAGAGAACGUAAUAAAGAAGCACAUAAUCAGUUGGGUGAAAUAAUAAAUUAAAAACAAGCAUUAUUGAAUUAAAAUAACGAAUUGAAAUAAUAUAUAAGUGUUCAUAAGAUACUAUCUAAGGAUGAGAAGAUUGAGCAAGUGACUCUCAGAUAUGAGAAACACAAAUAGCUUUUGUAUGAAAUUGAACAAGAGUAUGCAAAUACUAAAUCUAAUGAAUUCAUUCAAAGAUUUAGAGAAUUUGUUGGAUAUGUCAAGAUGAGAGAUGAAAAAGUGAAGGGAUUGGAACAGUAAUUGGAAGCAAAGACAAAUGAUUGCAACAAUAUAAAGAAGGUAAAUAAAUAUCAUUAUAAAAUUCAGUAAAUACAAUAAUUAAUUGACGAAUUGGAUUAUAAUUCAAAUUCAUUUAAUUCGAUCAAUGAAACCAAUAAGAAUCUAAGUAAACUUGUAAAUGAAACCUAAAAGAAUCUGAGCAGAGCUAUGCAAGAGAAGGUGGAUGAACGCAUUAAAUUCGAAACAGAAAGACAAGUAUGAAGCAUCAUUUAAACAUAGUAAUUUUAAUAAAAAAUACAAACGGCUGACGAAACUAUUAAAUAAUUACAAUAACAGAAUGAUCAAUAAAAAAAAUUACUAAAUCUGGUUGAAAAUGAAAGAAUGAGUUAUAAAGAAACCAUGAGAAUGUUGUAAAAGUCUGAAGGGGAAAGCUAACAAAAAUUGUUAUAAAAGGAAUGGGAUGUUGGUAAAAUUUUAGAGGAAAAUAAGAUUAUUUAAGAAAGAGAAAAACUGAGUGAGUCCAUAAAUCUUAAAUUUAUUAAAAAAGCAGAAAAAUCUAAGAGUAAAUUAAAAUAUUUGAAGUUACAAAUGAAAUUGUAAUAAUGUUAUCAUAUUUUAUAGAGAAUCCAAAGAUACUGAUAAUGAACUAUUAACAUCCUUAAAAAUGAUGGUAGAUUGCCAAUAAUGUAAAAAAAGAGUAAAAUAAGUUAUCUUAAUGAAAUGCUUGCAUAUGUUCUGUAAACCUUGCAUUGACGACAAUUAAAAAAAUCGAAAUAGAGCUUGUCCUGUCUGUAGAGCUAAGUAUGGAAUUGAGGAGGUGAAGGCUAUAAUAUUAAAUUGA